AUGCGGGGCUCACACUCGCUCCGGGCCGCACUGCGUCGGACAGCCGCACUGUUCACAAUCAGCGAUGAAUAUAUCCCGCGUGCCUUUCCGGUGAAGUCUACAACGGGCUUGGCAGGUGUUGCAGUAGAACCGCUAUGGAAGCCGAAAAUGCUUGCCGCGGCGGCAGAGUUGCAGGCGUUUUUGACCACCUCCGACAUCCCGCCCGAGUCGACGUACUACAAUAUCGCCAUGACACUCGUGAAACGCAUCAACCACGGAAUCAAGGAGUGCCAGGAUGACUGGUGCACUUUGGAGAAGCGGUACUUCUGGGGGUGGCCCGUGGAGUACAUUCUCCAGGUGACAUGGAGGGAGUUGGAGACAGCGCAAAAGUGGAACGAGUGGCGUUUUUGGGAGCUGGACCCGGAGCAGGUUAAGAAGGUUGCGCGGGAAGACCAGAAUAUCGGUAGGGAAGGACUUGGCUACAACAGUCCCUGGGAGCAAGUCGUCCGGGAGGACUUUGACAAGCGCAAGAAGGCCUUAACACAGGAAGAGAUGGCAGAACUGAAGCGCAUGGACACAGAACGCAUGGCACGAGAGACGGCCGCGUACAAGGAACGCAAAGACCGCAUUCGCGAUGACUUGGAGAAGGCACGUGGUGACAUGCUGAAGAAAUUUUUGAAUAAGCGUUUUGCCGUGGACAAGGACCUCCAGCGGAUGCAGCCGGGCAAACGUUACAGCGGCAAAACUUCGGAGGACCUCAUCGCCGAGCUCAAGUCUUCGGUGCAAAACAAUCCACAGAAGCAGGAUCCGAAGAAGUGA